UGGGUUAUAACAUUGUUCUUUAACUAAUUAGAUUAAUUUUGUAAAUAGGCUAGUCACCUCAGCGAUGUCGAAGCGGCAAUGCCCUUUCAACGACGACCAGUCGCGUCAGUUCAAACAAUUCAUAACGCAGAGAAUGCAAAGCAUUAACUCUGACCAAGCAUACAUGGAACAAAUCUAUAAAAGGACACAUUCACUUCUGUUCGAAGGGGCGAGGAUAGCAGCGGCUGAAGCCCAGAAGAUAAAAGAUGGCAUGGGAUCUGCAACUGAUGUACCUGAUGAAGAUAUGUGUUGCGAAGAUGAAGAUAGUGAAGUUGCUCAAAUAACCGAAGCUAGUGGGUCAGGCACCCAGGACCCGUCACCUCCUCAGACGGUACCCUCUGAUCUCAACCAAAGACCCACCACACCACCCGAAGAUCGUGAAAAACUGUGGCAAAUGUAUCCUGAUGUGCUCCAGCGCCCAUCUACUUCACAUAAGUACCGAAGGUACAUGCUGCAUCAAUCGCAAGUAAGGGAGCCAAGUCCAAUACCUUCUAGGAAAGACAUGUCUGAGGGGGGUUCAGUCCCCACUACUGAAAGGCCACGGACCCUCAGGCAGCUGUGCCUUGACCCGUUUUUCGUUCCUCUAAUUCCUGUGGAGGAAAACUCCUGGCCACCAAGACAGGGUGAAGCAGCCUUUAAUGACAGUGAGGAAAUGGAGUUGUAAGACCUCCUACAUCAUUCUACCCAAAGAAAAUGUGAUAGCCUAGCCACGAAGUGCCAUUACAACUAAUAAAGUGUAAUGAUUUGUUGAAUUUUCCUAUUGAUGCUCGAACUUAGAUAAAAUAAGUGAAAUGUGUUUUGUUUACAAGGUUUUCUUUGGACUAGAGAGCAAGUGUUUUUGUUGUUAAUUAGGUGUAAAGCCACUACACAAGCAUUAGAAAUGAAAGUGCCUUUUGUGCAUAUUGUGGCUAUUUUUUAUACUUUUAUAAUGUGUUACUAUGUAUAAUGUUUUAUGUUUUGUUAUUAGUUUUAAGUUGAGAUGUGCCGGUUUUGAAAUUUAUUGAUUUUUGAUACUGAUACCAUUGAUGGAAUGAUAGAUAACUUAUCAAACAAUUUACCUACAAAUUCAGCCCAUUAAUUUUGUGACACAUUGUUUUGUUGAUCUUUGAAACUAAGUGUAAAUGUUAGGUGCAAGUUAGGAUUUUCCAAAUGCUUAAAAAUAAACAUUUUGUUAACAUUUAAUGUAUAUUUUAGUCAUUCUUUUGACAAAGCAUUUAAUAAAUGUGAUGAGGAAACCGAAAAGGGACCUCUUGUU